CCUGCUCGCGUAGCCGGGAGGCCGGUCGCCCCUCACCGCUUGGGGCCUGAGGAGCCCACCCCCCAACCCCGAUCGAGUGUGGCUUCCCUGGCCCCACACGGUGGGUCACGGGGCCGGGCAGGAUGAGCUCACUUCCUUCGCGUCGUGUAGCAUCUCCUUGCCUCCCGGCCCGGAAAAGGGAAAUGUGGGCGUUGCGGGCGGCUCGAUGUCCUCCUGCGCCCAUUUCCUCAGUUCUGCCCGAAGGGUCUGGGACGGGCGCCAGAGGGGGAGGGAAGCAGCAGUGUUCCUCGGUGGGACCCGGACGUGCUGCAGUUGUCACCAUGUACCAGCCAAGGGGCAGGAGGGGGUGACACUCUGCCCUUCCCAGGACCCCGUUCCCCGCUAGUGCCAAGGAUUGCCCCAGAGAAGGUUGCUUUCCUUCAGGGGAUUUAAGAAAGAGUCUUGCCGAGUCCUGUCCCCAUCUCUACCGCCCUUGAAAGAGGUGCCUCUGGAUCCUUCUCUCUGCUUCCUCUUCUCUCGCCCAAGGCUUCCCCAAGAUGGCUCACCCGUUUCACCUGGGAGAAUCCAUUUUCCUGGUUCCCUACUUCUGACAUUUUGUCAGCUUCUAGCCUUCGAACUCAGGGGAGGAAUGGUUGGUGGCCCCACCUGGACACAGCUACCCAGCAGCCCUGCCCUCCAGAGCCGGGAGUGUGCACAGCAAGUCAGGCUGGGGACACAUGUUUUGGGGGGCACUGGGGGUUUCUGCUGAGGCUUCAGGCCAGGUAACUGGCACCCGGUGAGCUUUCCACUCAGGGAGCAGGAGCACAUCCUUGGGCUCUUGGGCUGGACACGUGCAGGGUUGGAAGGCCUUCAUCUAGGGCGGUGAGGGGUGGGUGGGGAUGUUGCAGCACCUCUGGGGUGUGAACCCCCAGAACAGCAUGUCCUGACAAAGGUGAGCUCCCCCCAGCAUGGUCCUGUUGAGCCAUCCCUUCCUACUCACAUCAUCGCUGCCCCUGUGGUUUGGGCUCCUCUGUCAGAACUGCCUCCUCUGCCCUGUUCCUUCCAUCUUCCCAGCGGUAGCAAACUUCUGUCCUCCCAGAGCGUGGGUUUGGAAAGGGAGGGGAGGCACUGGGAGCCAGGUCUGGGGGGUGAGGCUGCACUAAGCUCUUGGAUGGAAGAGAGGCAUGGGGUUUCUAAGCAGAGUUGUUCUUGGCCUUGGUCACAGCUUUGAUGUGAGACUCAGGGCGGGUGAGCAGGAGGAAGGACCCUUCGCAUUUCCAGAUGAGGAAACUGAGACUCAGAGAGCACGUGUGACUUGCAAGGCCUUUCCUAGCUCUCAGGGCGAGGGUGGGGGGAGGGCGUCCAGGAUCACAGUAACCAGAUUGUCCUUGCCCCCCACCAAAGCCUCUGUGUUCUCAUGUUCCAUAUGGCCAUGUAAUGACUUUAAAGUCCUACUGGUCACAGCCCCAAACUCACCUCCACAGAGUGUCCUUGAGACUCUCAGGAGAGAGGGAAGGGGUCUGUACUUCUCUGCUUCAGGGCGCUCUCCUUGCAGGCUCCUCCUUCAGGCCUGAACUCCCCAAGUUGCACUCAGGGAACCAGAAAGGGAGAAAGCUCUAGCUUGGCCUCCAAAGGCCACUGUAGGCGCAGAGGGCAAGUGGGGCUCUGAGAUGGGGAUGCUGGGAGCACUGUUGGUUGAGGAAGUGGCUCUGCUCCUGGGAAGUGAAAAGGGGUGACCUCUAGGGACCCCCUUCCCUCCGUCCUGCGGCUCUGAGCUAGUCAGAGGGAGUUGGCCUGUUUCCUGGUGGACAGCUGAAUUCAUGUCAGCUUGCUGGGGGCCUUUUGGGGAACACUGGUGAUUUAAAAGAAACCUGACCCUGGUCUCAGUGUCUCAUUUUAGAAGAGGAAGUAGAGUAGUGACAGAGACAGGACUGAGGCGUGAAGACCUCCUGCCCAGCUUCUCAGGGCAGUUCCUGGAGUCUCUCCAGGAUAGCAGCUCCUUGGGCUGGUCCCCCAGAGUCCCCUCCACUGCCCUGGUGGGCUGUGUGGCCCGGUCAGGCCCCUGGACUGGAGGCCUUGGGGGAGAAUGCAAUGCAAAGGCACACACGGGGGAUCUGCUUUGAGGUCCUGAGGUCUUGGGCCAAGCUGGGUUUGUCUGUGGCUUCCUGAAUGUGCCUUUCUGACAACAUCCUAGAGCGGUCAAGGUCCCACUGUGGAAAACUGGGAGGAGGAGGCCUGGCUCCCAUCCCCGCCCACAAGGCGUCGCCAGCCCCCACUGUGAAUCCCGGGUGUGCGAGCAGCCCAAGCUUUCUAGAGUUUCUAGAGUCGGGGAGAGAGCCUUGUCCUGGAGCCUAGCUUCAGGCGCAAACCUGACUGCCCAUCACCCCACUGGGCCUGUUUCCUGGGGAGCCACCGGGAGGAGAGUUUGGGGCCCCGAGGCUGGGAGGGCGGGGCAGGGCUGUGCUCCGCAGGUGGGUGGGGCUGUGCUCGGCAGGUGGGCUGUAGGAAGGGACUUAGCGGGACCUCAGCUCGAGCCUGGCCAGGCAAAAGCCAGAGUGUCCAUGGGGCCUUGGGCAGGAGGAGGCCUGUGCGGGCACCUUCCUGCCAUUCAACGGCCAUUCAGCGAGGCGGGUAGCCUGGGGAGAUGAGCUUGCCGAGGGGUCCUGGUCUGAGGUGGGGUGGGCCUUGGCAGGGGUGGAAAUCCAUGCUAACGUCCAAACCUUAGUCAGCCUCAUCCAGCCCCAUGGCCACUCACACCUAGAGAUCUGGCAGGUGUCAGGCUGGCGGUUUUCACCUCCUUGGCUGAGGUGGGUUUGCCCAGGACCUCAGAAGUUCAGCCUGUGAGGGUCGAGCUAUGUCCGAGUUGGGGCCUCCUAUUUGGUCUUGGCGUGGGGGCCUGGGCCGGGUCAGUUCUCUGCCUUCGGAGCAGCCCUGGGACCCCGCAUGUCUUCAUCUAAAGACGAUGUGGGGCACGUGGGUUGGGGGCUGCGCUGGGCGGGGCUGUGACUCCCAGGCUGCAGAAUGUUUGCUCUCCCCCUGCCUGUGAUCUGCAGAGGCUGGGCGUCCUCUCAGGGAGCUGGGCGGCCGCGGACCAAAGUGCUGUUCCUCCCGAGAGAGAUGGGAAGGCGGGGUGGCCGUUUUCCCUGAGGUCGCCCUGGUGCCCCUCUUCAGAGGAGGCAGCCCUGAUCCGUUGGACUGGACCUAGCCAGGGAGCGGUCCCCCAGCCUCAGCCGCCGGGGCGAGGAGCGGUGACAGCGCAGGAGCUCCGGGGGGGAAGGGAGGAAGGAGGAGAGACAAAGGGAGCGAGCCUGGCACUGCCUCCCUGCGCCGCCCACCAUGUGUCAGUCAGAGGCGCGGCGAGGACCGGAGCUCCGCGCGGCAAAAUGGUUGUACUUCCCCCAGCUGGCCCUGAGGCGAAGGCUGGGACAGCUGAGCUGCAUGUCCAAACCCGCCCUGAAACUGCGCUCCUGGCCCCUGACGGUCCUCUACUACCUCCUGCCCCUUGGCGCCCUCAGGCCACUCAGCCGGGUGGGAUGGAGACCCGUGAGCAGGGUGGCCCUGUACAAGUCGGUGCCGACGCGCUUGCUAUCGCGGGCUUGGGGCCGCCUCAACCAAGUGGAGCUGCCGCACUGGUUGCGCAGGCCCGUCUACAGCCUGUACAUCUGGACUUUCGGGGUUAACAUGAAGGAGGCCGCCGUGGAGGACCUGCACCACUACCGCAACCUCAGCGAGUUCUUCCGGCGCAAGCUGAAGCCACAGGCCCGGCCAGUGUGCGACCUCCACAGCGUGAUCAGUCCAUCGGAUGGGAAGAUCCUCAACUUCGGGCAGGUGAAGAACUGCGAGGUGGAGCAGGUGAAGGGGGUCACCUACUCACUGGAGUCGUUCCUGGGCCCUCGCAUCCCCGCUGAGGACCUGCCCUUCCCACCAGCCACCUCCUGUGGCUCCUUCAGGAGCCAGCUGGUCACCCGAGAAGGGAACGAGCUCUACCACUGCGUCAUCUACCUGGCCCCCGGGGACUACCACUGCUUCCAUUCCCCCACUGACUGGACUGUCUCCCACCGGCGCCACUUCCCAGGCUCCCUGAUGUCCGUGAACCCCGGCAUGGCCCGCUGGAUCAAAGAGCUUUUCUGCCACAAUGAGCGGGUAGUCCUGACUGGGGACUGGAAACACGGCUUCUUCUCACUGACGGCUGUUGGGGCCACCAACGUGGGCUCCAUCCGCAUCUACUUUGACCGGGACCUGCACACAAACAGCCCACGGUACAGCAAGGGCUCCUACAAUGACUUCAGCUUCGUGACGCACAUGAACAAGGAGGGCAUCCCCAUGCGCAAGGGCGAGCACCUGGGCGAGUUCAACCUGGGCUCCACCAUUGUGCUCAUCUUCGAGGCCCCCAAGGACUUCAACUUCAAGCUGAAAGCGGGACAGAAAAUCCGAUUCGGGGAGGCUCUGGGCUCUCUCUAGAGCCUCUUUCAUGGCCACAGCUGCUGAGGGGUCUUUUCCACAGAAAUGUGAGGGUCUUUUCAAGGGGAACCUCUGAGGCUAUCUAGGGAGGGGACCAUCGGGUCUGACCAGGCAGGACCUGGGUGACUUCUGUUCCAGGGUGCAGACAAGGUUGUCAGAGCACCUCUCACGUCCUAGACCUACAUCUUCCCCCUACCCACCUGAAGAGAAAGUGCAGGCCAGGACGAUUGAUUCCCUCUUGGAGAUUUUCUAACGUGUUGUAUAAACUGGAGAUUCUACAUGUCCUGGCUGAGCAUUCAGUUGUUCUGAUUUCCGUUUUAAGAUAAGUGGUAGUUAAAGUACCUUCUUGCUGCUCCUCCUAUCACUGCUUUUUGGCCUCCCUUGCAUGGGGCGAGGUGCCUCCUGGCACUGACUGUGGGUCCCAGACCAGGGCCUUUAAUGCAACUGCUCCCAACCUGCUUGUUGGGAAAAGCUGUCUUCUCUCUUUGCACUUAUGGCUGAAUGCAUCACCUCCGACUCUGCCAUCAACUUCCGAGGGUGCUCACUAAUGGUUCAGGGCGUUGCAGGCCCCGCUGAGUGACCUUCUGGAGCUGGCAGGUCCUCUUUCCAGUAGGCAGGACCCAUCACCAAACCCCCUCAGUGGUGUCCAAAGCAAAAGGGGCAGGCAGCUAGCUGGUGGUGGCCCAGCUGGGGCCAGGGGAGAGCUUGGGUCCCCUCCCUGUAAUCCAGACCUACAGAAAAGUUGCUGCUAUUGAUCAGGGGCUUAUGUUGGAGGCAAAGGAACCUUGGUGGUGUAUUUGAUGUGUGGGGGAGGGGAGAAUGUCAGUGCCUAGAAAACCCGUCCCCAGGCAACAGGUACGCAGUCCUUGGGGAGCCACUGAUUGUGGGGACAGGGCCAGAUUUCAUGUUUCCUGGGGAUGCUGUGAAUUUCUCCUGCAGGAGAAGCCAUUUGAACUUUUUCAACUGUAUCAGUAGCACAGUAUUUUUGUAUGAAAAGUGGGAGACUUCUGAACAGUAAUUCAUUUAAUUGCAACAUUUUGAAAUAAAAAAACUCGCUGCA